GUUUCAGCUUGGCAUUUGCAGUUGUUGGUUUUUUUAAUUAGAAAAUUCCUGCCAGUGCCUAUAAACUCAAAUGCUACCCGGUUAUAAAAGUUGGACUGUAGCAAACACAGCAGUGAAAUGACUUGGAGGGGUCAGUUGAGGAUGUAAGCAAACAGCUUAGGAAAGGAGCUCCUGGCUUAUUGGCUGCAGCAUCUAAACCUGUCCAAGAGACAUAAUUCCCUCCCGACAACCCCUCCUGAAAGGAACAACGUGCAAACAGAGGCAUUGAGCUGUGUUUGCCAGAUGUGUUCUUAGUAAGGUAAAGGUUCUUAGUGAAUUGGGCCUUCCAUCAGUCUCUGGACAGUGGGCACUUGAAAAGCAGAAGGAAGUGUCUCACCUUUAACUAUAUAUAUACACACACACAUAUAUUUAGCUCUGAGAGUAGACCGUAGAGGAGCAGCCUUGUCAGAGUGUUUAUACACUCCCACUCCUUGGCUCAGUUUGACAGCAGAACUACAGGGAGACUCUCUAGACAGUCAGGCUAUGUGUGUCCGAGUGAAAGGGUGGGGGUCAUUCUGAGUUGACCUCCAAAUGGAACUCCGGCUGGUGACACUGCUGUUGUUUCAAGCAGUUUGGAAUAGUGUUCUUGGGAAGAACCAUUCUGUACACAAAAGAGGCCUCCUUGAGUUAUCUGGAGCCAUAAAGUGUGGCACAAGACGAUUUCCUUUGGCAUAUUUAGGUUAUGGAUGCUACUGCGGUCCAGGAGGAAGAGGAUGGCCUAAGGACAAAACAGACUGGUGCUGUCAUGAACAUGACUGCUGUUAUGGCUUCGCAGAGGAACAAGGCUGUAACCCCAUAAUACGUAGAUAUAAAUGGACAUGUAAUGACAAUACUGUGGUAUGUGAUACAAUGUUAGACAGAUGUCAAAAAAUCAUAUGCCAAUGUGACAGAGAAGCAGCCAAGUGUUGGAGAUCUGCCCCUUUUAACCGACGCUAUGCCUUCUGGCCAAAUUUUCUGUGCGGCCAUAUUUACCCUGUAUGCAGUUAUGGGAAAUGUAGGCAUUAAGACUACUUUGUAAUGGAAACCUUCAGUUUUGUUCCACUUUAAGCUCUCUGUAUUUUGUAUAUCAUUCAACUAGACUAGCAGCUUCUGAACUGUGUAUGUAUCUUCAGAUUUCUGGAAAUGACAGAUUAAACUAUGACCUCUACACCUGUUGGUUGCACAGAUUCA